AUGAUGCGACGCAAAAAUUCCUCAGGUUACGGUGAGCUAAACGUGGAUCAUCUUAUCUCAACGCUGGUUACUGUAAAACCUUGGCAUAAAUCGUUGGAUGUUACUGAAAAUGAGAUUCGGAUGGUUUGUGUUCUGGCAAGGCAAAUAUUCAUGCAUCAGCCGAUGUUGUUGGAAUUGGAACCUCCUCUCAAAAUUGGAGGUUUGUUGAUUUUAGAAAAAAUUGGAAAUGGGGAUUUUUUAACAGCUUUAAAAGUUUACAAUCCUGAAAAAAUUUUAAUCUGGACGUCACAAAAAUUUCCUAUUAAUUUCCAACAUUAAAUUUCAGGAGAUAUUCAUGGACAAUAUUCGGAUCUUCUCAGAUUAUUCAAUUUGGCUGGUUUCCCUCCAGAAUCAAAUUAUUUGUUUUUGGGAGAUUAUGUUGAUCGAGGACCAAAAAGUAUUGAGGUUAGUAUUUGAAUCAAAAAUAAAUAAUAUUUAUUUUUUUCAACAAAUGACCAAACAUCGAUUAUAAUUGAAAAUGACAAGGCCAAUUCAAAAUUCCUUUUUUUUUCAGACAAUUCUUCUUCUUCUUUGUUACAAAAUCAAGUAUCCUAACAACUUUUUCUUGCUUCGUGGAAAUCAUGAAGUUGCAAAUUUGAACAGAAUUUAUGGAUUUUAUGAUGAAUGUAAGAAAAUCUCAUAUUUCUUUAGAUUCAAAUAAUUUUCGCGGUUUUUUUCAGGCAAAAGAAGAUACAGUGUGAAAUUGUGGAAAUGUUUUCAAGAUGUUUUCAAUUGUAUGCCAGUCGCUGCUUUAAUUGACAAUAAAAUAUUUUGUUGCCACGGUGGACUUUCUCCAAAUCUUCGAUCUUUGGAUCAAUUAAAACGACUCGCUCGACCUUGUGAUGUUCAAGAAACUGGAUUAUUAUGCGAUGUUUUAUGGUCUGAUCCAGAUGCAACUGUUGUUGGAUGGGCACCAAAUGAAAGAGGUGUUAGUUAUGUAUUUGGAGUUGAUGUUUUGGCACAGUUUUUACAAAAAAUGGAUUUGGAUAUUGUUGUGAGAGGACAUCAGGUUUGUGUUUUUUUUUUGAAAAUAACUUGAAUGAUUUUUUCAUCUUUUAUAAUCCAAUUCAAUCCAAUCCUAUUAAAAAUAUAUAAUUUAAUCCAAUUUCCAGGUUGUUGAAGAUGGUUAUGAAUUUUUUGGACGUCGUGGAUUGGUUACUGUAUUUUCAGCCCCUAAUUAUUGUGGUGAAUUUGACAACGCGGGAGCUGUUAUGAAUGUUGAUGAAAAUUUGUUGUGCUCUUUCCAAGUGAGUCUUAUUACGACAGAAAAAGGAAAAAUAGAUAAAUUUAAAUUUAGUGAAGCCAAAAAGUUUGUGAUGUUUGAAAAAAUUUCAAAUUUUUCUUGCAGAUUAUCAAACCACAAUCACAAAUUGUUAUGGAUGCGGCGCUUGCUGAAAAGCAAAACACAUAUAUUCCAAGCCUCGCAAGUGUAAAAAUUGAUCAAAAACCUCAACCAAUGAUUCAAAAACGAUUUCGACGUGGAAUGAUCUGA